UCAAAUGAAUGAAGGCGUUGCCCCUCAAAGCUUUCCAUAAAAAGGGAGAGCUGGUUACAGCCAGCAGGUGAUCUGCCUGUCAACACGAGUCUAUAGUUUGCUGUAAGAUUUCAAGAUGUACGGACACAACCAAGGAAACCAGUGUCCAGGUGGCUACCCUCCCAACCCUCAAAUGCCUGGGGGCUACCCCAACAAUCCUCAAAUGUACCCGCCGCCUCAGUCAAACUGCCCUCCUGUCCACGGAAACCCUGCUUAUCCCCCUGGAGCUGGUGGUCACGGGCAAUGCCACGGACAUGGUCAUGGUCACGGUCAUGGGCAUGGUCAUGGGCACUCCCACGGUCACGAACAGUGCCACGGACAUGGACACAAGGACAAGCAUAAGAAAAAGGACAAGGACAAGAACAAGCACAAGCACAAACACGGACACAAACAUGGCAAGUGUCACAAGAAAGGAAAAGACAGCCAUGGGUCUUCCAGCAGCUCCUGUAGCAGCAGCAGUGAUUCUGACUAAACAGAAGAGGACCACUGGUGGCUAAAACCCUGGAGGAUAAUGAGCAAAAGUUAUCAUAUUGAUUCUAAAUGAUGAAACAAUAAGUAGUUUUUAAAGCAUGCAGAAAAAAAGGUGUUUCUUCCUUUUCUUUCUUUUUUUUUUUUAUCAACGUACCAUAGCAAGCAACACCUUUUCUGAAAACCGAUAUUCUGAUUUCACAAUUAUUGUGUUGUAUUUGUGAAAUUUCUUCCAUGACUGUGAGAAAAAUAAUAAAAGUGAUUCAUCUGUUCCACUAGAAAA